UAGAAUCUCGGCAGAGAUAAAAGGCCUGUUGUUCACUGUUGAAUCAACAGUCUACAACUAGAAAUCGUGCAGUUAAUCAACCAUUUGACUACUCUGAUUGUUUAUUUUGAAAUCGCCUGGUCGCGUGUUAUCGCCAAUUGCGCAACUCCAAGGAUGAAAUUGUUGCUAUCGUGUUGGAUAUUGGCAACUGUGGUUCACUUCUCGCAUAGCGCAGCUGUUGAACCCAGAGCCGGCGGUAAGAAGAUGGUCUGUUACUAUGGUAGCUGGGCCGUUUAUCGACCCGGUAACGGCAAAUUCGAUGUCGAGCAAAUUGACCCAUUUCUCUGCACUCACAUCAUUUACGGGUUCACUGGCCUGGGAACGGACAAUACCAUGAUACCUUUGGAUCCAUGGAACGACCUCUACGACAACUACGGCAAAGGAGCUUUUCUAAGGUUCACCGGAUUGAAAAGACAAAACCCGAACUUGAAAGCCCUGAUUGCCAUUGGUGGAUGGAACGAAGGGUCUGAAAAAUACUCGAAGAUGGUGUCUGAUCCAGCAAAAAGAGCUACUUUUGUGAACUCAGUUGUUAGUUUCAUUCAAAAAUACAACUUUGACGGCUUGGAUUUUGACUGGGAGUAUCCCGCCAGUAGAGGUGGUGUUCCAGCUGAUAAGCAAAAUUAUAUCAGCAUGAUUCGGGAAUUGAGAAAUGCAUUUGCCCCGUACGGUUGGUUACUAACUGCUGCCGUUUCCCCUGGCAAAUCUACAAUUGACGCUGCGUACGACAUCCCAGCGUUAGCAAGCACCCUAGACCAAGUUCACGUAAUGAACUACGAUUACCAUGGAAGUUGGGAAACGUUUACUGGAUUGAACGCGCCCUUGUACGGCAACCCAAAUUACGACCGCACAGUGGACAACAGUUUUUUGAACGCGAAUUGGACGGUUCACUAUUGGCUAUCAAACGGAGUUCCGGCUUCUAAGAUUAUUAUGGGUGCGCCGCUUUACGGCCGUGGAUUCCAGCUCGAUAAUGCAGCUAACAAUGGCUUUUAUGCUAGCGCCAGCAAUCCUAUUCCUGCUGGACCGUACACUCAACAAGCUGGAACAUGGGGUUACAAUGAGAUUUGCGAGAAAUUCAAAGCUGAACCCACAUGGACGGUAGUUAGAGAUGGAUGCUAUCAGACGCCCUAUGCUUACAAGAACAACUUAUGGAUCGGCUACGACGACGAACAAUCUCUAAGAAAUAAGGGGCGUUACAUUGCGGCCAUGAAUCUGGGCGGUGCUCUUACCUGGUCGAUCGAAACCGACGAUUUCAGGGGUUAUUGUCACGGAAUACCAUUUAUCCUGACGAAAACUAUUGUCGAUGCAAUGAACGGACCUACAGACCUUAUGCCGAGCAGCCUCUGUGCUCCCGUACCUCCUCCAUCUGAUGUUUCGUCAACUACCACGAAAACACCUCCAACGUCAACACCAACGCCAACACCAACGCCAACGCCAAUAGCUUCGUCAACUUUUACAAAUCCCUGCACUUGUACACGAACGACAUGUUCACCGGCCGAUAUUUCAACUAACCCUCCAAUCGUGACAUCAACGACCCCUAUAGCCACGGAACCUAAUGCCGUCUGCAAGAAAGAAGGCCUCAAUCCCGAUCCUUAUGACUGUGGUAUUUUUUACCAAUGCGUGAGUUACGCAGCUAAUGGGUGGAUUGUUUACACUCAGCGUUGUGCACAGGGAACAGUUUUCAGCGCAAGUGUAAACAACUGCGAUUAUCCACAAAAUGUUCCAGGCUGCGAGAACUAUUAUGGAUAAAUUUAUUGACAAAAAACUAACUGUUUUCGCUGGUAUCAUGAUUCAAAUAAACUAUAGAAUUUGUAGUAGGAUGCAUAAA